UUUUAUAUAUAUAUAUUUGUAAAACCAUAAUUAGCUAAAAAUGGUGGAUGAAUACUGGACUGUGGCACAGUGUCACAGCUGCGUAGCUGUGGGAGUUAUUGAAAAGACUGGUCUGUGAAAAAAGAUACAUUGCAUGGUUAUAUUAGGUAUUCUCCCAAGGAGAACCCACAAAGACACGUCAAAAAUGCCUGGAAUGAUGGAAAAAGGGUCGGAGUAUCUCGGAAAGGGACGCUCUAACGGAACAAAAAGCCCUUCAAAUGCAUCGAAUGGACAUUUUUCUGAUGAGAGUGGCAGUGACGACGAGCACGAUGUCGGAAUGCGUGUGGGAUCCGAUUAUCAAGCCAAUAUACCAGAAUUUGAUCCUGGUUCUACCAAGUACAGUGAUAAAGAUAGUGGGGGAAUGUUGGUGUGGUCUCCAUAUCACACCAUUGUGGACCCAAAAUUGGAUGAAUAUAUUGCCAUUGCAAAAGAGAAGCAUGGAUAUAAUGUUGAGCAGGCAUUGGGCAUGCUGUUCUGGCACAAACACAACAUUGAGAAGUCCCUGGCAGACCUGCCCAACUUCACCCCCUUCCCCGACGAGUGGACCGUGGAGGAUAAGGUGCUGUUCGAACAAGCCUUCAGCUUCCACGGAAAAAGCUUUCACAGGAUUCAACAAAUGUUACCAGACAAGGCUAUAUCCAGCCUUGUGAAGUAUUACUACUCCUGGAAGAAGACCCGGUCCAGGACCAGCCUGAUGGACCGCCAGGCCAGAAAGCUGGCAAACCGAAACGCCCAAGAUGAAAGUGAUGAAGAAAUGGAGGAGGCCAACCCCAUCGAAGCAAACGAUAGCGAUUAUGACCCCACCAAGGAGACGAAAAAAGAGAGCCACACGGAGCCCCAGCCCCUGAGCUCCUCCAAGAUUGGGCUCGGCCGACGGGAGCACCUGACACUCAUGCACCGGCACCACUCACAGCGUUCCAAGUGCCGGCCGCCCAAGGGCAUGUAUCUGACCCAGGAGGAUGUGGUUGCAGUGUCGUGCAGCUCCAGCGCUGCCAACACCGUCCUUCGGCAGCUGGACAUGGAGCUGGUGGGCCUCAAAAGACAGGUGCCCUUUGAGGCGUUGGAAAACCUCUCUGGGUCUUUGUGGUUGAAAUUCACUGCUCAACUGAACGACUUUACAGAUAAUUGUAUAUGUGUUCAAAAUGCAAAGCAACUGAACAGUGGUCUGAAACACAGGAUGGAAGCGGGCAUUGAUGACUUCAGGCUGCCAGAGUGCAACCAAAAAGUUAAUGCCCGCUGGACAACAGAUGAACAGCUUCUGGCAGUUCAAGGUGUCAGGAAGUACGGGAAAGACUUCCAGGCCAUUGCCGACGUUAUCGGUAAUAAGACGGUAGGGCAGGUAAAGAACUUCUUUGUGAACUACCGCCGCCGGUUUAACCUGGAGGAGGUGCUGCAGGAGUGGGAGGCGGAGCAGGGAACUGGCACCCCCAACGGUGACACUGCCACCUCUGGCGAGGAGGGGAAGAUCAGCUCCAACACCCCUUCUGGGAAGAGUACGGACGAAGAGGAGGAGGAGGGCCAGGUGACCCUCUCGUCAGGCCCUUCUCCCGCUGCCACUUCCUCUGCAACUUUCCAGACCCUGGUGACUUCGUCGGCAACCUCGCUCAACCAGCCACCCCCGCUCCUACGGCCCUCCCUGAUGGCCACCCCAGCCCUCCACAGGCAGCCGCCCCCUCUCCAGCAGCAGGCCCGCUUCCUCCAACCCCGGCCUGUGCUCAACCAGCCCCCCCCACUCAUCCGGCCCUCCAACCCCCAGCCCCCGCGCCUCAAUCCCCGGCCGCUUGUCCCCACCUCCACAGGGUGCCCAGGCUCCAGCCAGCCGCCCCCCACCCUGGUGGGUAUCACAUCGGAGACUCCGUCCUCCUCCACGCUGCACUGAGUGUGUGCAAUGGCGAAGGAAGAAAACUAAAAAGUCGUGGUCGUUUUUUUUUACUUGGUCGUUUGUUUGCUGUUGUUUUCCUGAAGGUUGUCAAUCGUUGGUUGUUAUGAGGAUAUUAUGUAUAUUAAUGAGAAAAGUAAAACCGUUGAAGUUUUUAAAGUAUAUGUAUAUUAGGUUAGGUCUUAGUUUGUUUUGUUUUUUUUAUCACUUUUUUUUAUUCACUCAUCUUUAACAGACUUGCUUGGAUGUUAUGUGUUGGUGAUGUUAAAGAUUUACUCGAAGCAUUGGUUCUUUUUGAAAGUGUUCUUGGCUUCUGGUUAAUGUAUAUUUUACAAACUGGCAAAAUUUGCAAGUAGUAUAUAAACAAAAGGUAUAUUGAAGACACUAUGAUGGACAAUACACACAACUAGUGAAAAGAUGGCGUUGCCAUAUUUCUGUUGGAUUCUUUGAUUUGCUGUAACGCAUAUUUGUUCUUUGAGCGAAUAUAGACGUUUAUCUUUUAUAUAAGCAUUAUUUAUUUUUCUACUCGGUGCUAUGGACUUGACUGAUUUUUGUGUCCAGUAUAAUAAUAACCAUUGUGUAAGUGCUCUUACACGUCUAGGACAACUGUAUUUACGUGAUUGAAUUGAUCUAAACUGGAAGAAACCGAUUGAAAAAAAUGAUGAACCGGUUAAUAAAAUGAACUUGUUUAAUGUAAUAUUAAGCUACGAGGGUGUCACUGUCAGUCAAUUGAUUGUUGUAGUCGGUGAGCCACAUUUUCAGGAAUGAGUUGAAAUGAUUUUCAUUUAAGAUAUAUUGAAGAACAAAAUGUGUGACUUCUGUACAGUUGUGUAAUUUGUUUGCAUAAUUUUAAACCAUGAUGAUCAUAACUAAAACAAAAUUCAAAAUCGUGUUUUUAACGGUCACCUAUCAAUUAUUCCCAGUGUAAGAUGUGGCAUAGUCCCUAACAUAUCCAUUCAAAUAUUUCUAACAUUUUGUUUUAUGUUGUCUGUCCAGCUAUGAUCAACAGUUUCUUACCAAGUUUUGGGAAUGAAUGAGUGCCACUUCAUGUUCGGGGUUGAAAGAUUCCGUAAAAUGUUAUAUGUUCUCCAGAAAUCCUGGUUGUAAGAUUUCUGGAACGUUUCUCAAAUUCUGCCUAAUCACUGUUAAGGAAUGGAGGAGAAAAUAGGCUAAUUCACUACUGUACAUGGUGACAAGCUUUAACAUGUUGAAAUGCGAACUUAAAUUACCUUUGAACCACUAAUACACUGAGUCAUUAAUCCUUUCCUGUGGAAAUAAUGUGGCCAGAAGUAAGUAUAAUCAUGGACAUUGAGGACUUGCAUUUUGCCUUAAAAAUACAUGAUUGUGUUUACUAUGCUAUUCGCUUGCCAUUAUUUCGGUCUCUCGUUGCACUUGCAUUUCAAUCAAGUGUCUUUCAAACAUUUUUCAAUUCCAUGUCUAUUAUAGUACAUUUAUUUGGUUUGUCCUGUGUUGUCAUAGUAAAUCAUUACAUUUCCCUGCCUGCUUAAAUUGAAAUGAAUAUUGCCCCAAAAAUAUAGCAUACUGGUGCAAUCCCAAAUAUACAACUAUAAAUAGCACUUACAUUUUUAAAACAUAUUUGGAAUUGUUGCAUAGUUUACCUUUAAUUGAUUUGUCUACUUUAGCCGAAAUCAUUUUAUCAGCAUCCAGCGUUGUCUGAUGUUUGAUAUGCCUAAUUGACAAUUGAAUGGUUUCCCAAAAUCAUCAUGCCUCAAUGUAACUGCUGUGGAAUAAUUCGAAACAAAUGCAAUUAAAUAGCAUAGGCUUAUGUAAAUAAUACCGGCACACUGGGCAGACAUCAGUUGGUCUAGUUUUGGUUACCAUGCCAUUGGAUUUAGGUUAAAGGUUGGGUGAAAAAAAAUAUGCCCUUACGUUGACUUUUUGCAAAUACAGUCAGUUUCACGUUGAUUCAUCAGUUUUAUAUUGGUUCAAAUUACGUGGAAACAACGUUGAUUCAACCAGUUUUGCCAUGCAUGUAAAAACAUCAGCUGUGCUUCUUGGUGGCCUUGACUUAUGGGGCCUGGGGCCUACAUGAUUCUGUUGUAAUGUAUUUGUUAUAUUAAAAAGCAGUAUCAUUGUGCUCAA